AUGGAUAGUGGGCGGGCUUUAAAGGAAACCAAAGAUCUUACGAGGACAGCACGUUGCCUUAUCAAAGCAAAGAAACUCGAAGAGAAAUCACCGAUACUAAUUAAUGCUUUUGCUAUUGCUGGAUCGGAACUAAACUCCAAAUUAAAGGACAGAAGGCCGUGGUUGAGGAAUGUCGUUAGACUCAAUUUACGAAAGUUUGGAAGAAAGCGUAGAUCUAGAUUAUUCUCGGAUGGUGAAAGUUUGAGAGUGCGAAGAAGUCCACACAGGCUAAUUGCUUCAAACAUUUUAAAAUCGGACGCUGAAUUCCUCGAGGUGAGCCAACAAAAAGUAGCUCCGGCGCUUCUGGAAGCUACCACAUCCAGCCCAGCACAUAAGUUAUCAACUUUGUUCGUUUCCCUGUUUUCCAAAGUCUCUGCAUCCGAAUUACCGAAAAAAUGGUCUACCACAUACAAGAAGAUGUUAGAACUACAAAAGAAGCUAGAAGAGAAUGAAAAGCUGCCUGGAGCACGAGUUUACGAUGCGGCCAUCUAUGAUCUCGUCACAAAUGAUCGUAUUUCGACCGAACAUAGUAACAAAAGUGUGCCUUUCAUCCCUCCUUUUUUGAAAGAUGUUAUGGGAGUUGUUAACUCCUUUAGUGGAGGUGAAAACGCUCGAAUACUCAGUCCACGUCUGGCACCACUCAUGCCGUCGAAGGAAAGAUCUCGCGGUUUGCUUUCUCCGGCAGUGUUUCCCUUCUAUAAGGAUGAUUCAGAGCAACAGAUUUUACCUAUUCCAAAGGUUCUGGAAGACAGCGGCUUAAACGAAAAGGAUCGUGAAAAUGUAUUAGAGAUGAUUAUUGAGGUUUCCGGAGCACGAGAAACUGUGGAUAAUGCUAUGAAGGUACUAAAUCAUCUAAGUUCGCUUGGUAUCGGCGAGGAGUUGUUAAGCGCGAGCGAAAAGAUAGGCGAAAGCUUUGAAGCUUUGCGUGCUUCCUUCAACAAUGUCCAAAAGAAGGAUUUGGAUCAGCGAGGCUUCACAUUCAUGGAAGUAGAACAGAUGCGGAAAUUACACAAAAGUCAAGGAUUGAAGGAGCCAGAAAUUGAUAUACAAAUAGAACAUUAUGCUGCUUUGCCAAAAUCGAAACGAAUGAAGGCAUUAUGGGAGACAGUUUCUAAUAUUGCAGGAAUCCAUAAGCGUAGAUCAAAACGUCAAGGACUAGCGUCGCCCUCCAUUUUACAGCCUACCGUGCUUAGCCCCUACCAAUUUGCACCAGUGUUUGGUUUAAGCGUACUUGGUCCUGUAGUUCUAUCACCGAAUAUUUUCUCACCUUUGAUUUUAAAUCCUUCAGUGCUAGGGCCGUGGGUUCUGUCGCCGGCAAUCCCUCUCCCUUUCAUCUUAUCACCUUAUUUAUUGUCUCCAUACGUAUUAUCGCCACUGGUUAUGGCACCUUUUAUUUUGACUCCCUAUGUUUUGUCUCCGAAUGUGAUUAAUCCUUAUGUUCUUUCUCCAUUAAUCCUUAGUCCUCUAGUACUUUGUCCUGAUGUCAUAUCACCUAUGACUCUAGGCGGUGCCGUUUUGUCACCUAGUGUACUGUCACCAGCAGUUUUGUCGAAAAGCUAUUUCAUGGUGGCAGUUUUAUCGCCAUCAGUACUGUCAUGA